AGAGAAGCAGAGCAGCGAUCACARUUCAUCGUCAACCCGCCCUGGACCCCCGAACCCAAUUGUCACUAGAGGGAUAUUGAGGACUAGAAACAUACCAUACACAAGGACAAGCAGAAAAGAUCCAGACACAACCAUGGCCAGAAUAUUGGGACUGCUGCUCUUCCUGUCAGCUCUCUGCUGCUCCCUAGCGGACAAAAUUGAGCUUCGUCGCGCGAAGAGAGGGACACGCUACUAUAGAGCGCGUUGUCUGGAUGGCCAGUCAGCUGCGGUGCGUGGUUAUGGGGACACAUGGAUGAGAUGGAGGGGCCAGCGUGUGGAGUACUGCCGCUGUGCAUCACAAGGACGAGAGCGCUGUCACUACGUGCCCGUCAUCACCUGCUAUCAGUCAAGGUGCUACAACGGGGGAACCUGUAAGGAGGCGGUCUACUCCUCUGACUAUCUGUGCCAGUGUCCACCAGGCUUCACAGGAGCCCAGUGUGAGAUCAACACCAAUGAGAAGUGUGUGGUGGGCCAGGGUAAAGGGUACCGUGGUACGUGGAGUAUCAGUCGGAUCGGCUCAGAGUGCAUCAACUGGAACUCUACCACCCUCAGAGGGAAGAAGUUCACCGCCAAGAAACCAGAGGCUAACAGCCUGGGGCUGGGCAACCACAACUUCUGCAGGAAUCCAGACAAUGAUACUAAGCCAUGGUGUUAUGUCUACAAGGGAAACCAAAUAGUCUGGGAGUUCUGUACUCUCUCCAGCUGCGCAGCAGACCAGAGGCCAGUGGAGUGUGUGCAGGGCUCAGGGCAGACGUACAGGGGGACGGAGGCRGUCACUAAGAGGGGCUCCAGCUGUCUUCCCUGGGACUCACCCCUCAUCACCCGCAAGUUCUACAACGCAUGGAGGUCUGACGCCAGACAGCUGGGGCUGGGGAGUCACAACUUCUGCAGGAACCCAGACGGUGAUCUCGGCCCCUGGUGUCACGUCUACAAGAACAUGAAGCUGACCUGGGAACUCUGCGAUAUUACCAAAUGCCCGAGGAGACCAACCACCAUUACUACUCUAGGCCCCAGGGCUCCCACCAGCAACAACAACAACAGAGGUACCUGUGGCCAGCGUGCUGACAACAAUCUCCCCUCCUUCCGUAUCCUGGGAGGAGCCCGGAAGAGUGACAUCACAGAGCAGCCGUGGCAGGCAGCCAUAAACGUGUACCGGCCCAGAAACAAAGCACACUUAUUCCUGUGUGGAGGGGUCCUUAUAGACUCCUGCUGGGUCCUCUCUGCUGCACACUGCUUCGACGACGGGUUUAAACCACAGCGGCUGCAGGUGGUUCUAGGCAGGACGUUUCGUAAGAACUCCUCCAGCAGUGAGCAGAUCUUUGAGGUGGAGAAGUACUGGAGCCACGAGAAAUACAACAAGACAACCUUUGACAACGACAUUGUCUUGAUGAAGUUGAAGAGUGAUAUUGGCCUGUGUGCUGUGAACUCGCCGGAGGUCCUACCCGCCUGUCUGCCUGACCCAGGGCUGGUACUGCCCGACUGGACCGAGUGUGAGAUCUCCGGCUACGGCAAGGAGAAGGAGUUUGAUGCGAUGUACUCUGAGCGGGUGAAGAGGGGUCACGUGAGGUUGUGGCCUCAGGACCGCUGUGUCCCUAAUGUCUUAUCUGGACGUGUGGUCACCUCCAACAUGCUAUGUGCCGGGGACACCCGMGGUCUGGACGAUGCCUGCAAGGGGGACUCUGGUGGUCCUCUUGUCUGUCCCAAGGAUGGGAGGAUGACUCUGAUGGGGCUGAUCAGCUGGGGAGAUGGCUGUGGGAAGAAAGACACACCCGGGGUGUACACACGUGUUACACAAUACACUGACUGGAUCAGCAGCAAGAAACAGGAAACUAGCCAGUAAACAAACACACAAACACAUGCACA